CAAAUCCGCACCACCUUCCCCGUCGCCCGCAUCAAACGCAUCAUGCAAGCCGACGAAGACAUUGGCAAAGUCGCGCAGGUGACGCCCACAGUCGUUAGUCGCGCACUGGAAUUGUUCAUGAUCAAACUCAUCUCCGCGGCGGCGCACGAGGCAAGAGGAAAUUCCCUCGGAGCCGGUGGUGGAGGAGCAGGAAAGGGACAGAAACGGGUGCUGGCGCAGCAUUUGAAGAGAGCGGUGUUUGCGGAUGAGAAGCUGGAUUUCUUGCAGGAGAUUGUGGGGAAAGUACCG